AUGCAUCUGGAACCAGCUGAUGUCAUUAUUGUGGAGGGGAUUCUUAUUUUCUACGAUGUCCGCCUGAGGAAUAAGUUUGCAAUGAAACUUUUUGUCGACGCUGAUGCUGAUAUCCGGCUCGCACGACGAGUAAGACGUGACACUGUAGAGAGGAAGCGGCCUUUGUCGAUUGUACUUGCUCAGUACACAAAAAAGAAACCAUUCGAAUCGAUUUUAAAUUACUCUCAUUGGACUAAGCUCAUCCAUCUUGGCUUCUUCAUUCAGGUUAAACCCGCCUUUGAAGAGUUUUGCCUACCAACGAAAAAGUGGGCAGAUGUUAUAAUACCAAGAGGGGGUGAAAAUGACGUCGCCAUUGAUCUCCUUGUUCAACAUAUUCAGGUACAUUAUAUUUGAAU